CGUCAAUACUGGUGUGUGUUUAGCGCUGGUCCGGACUUUCCCAGAGUUCAUCGACCCUGAGCUCUCACAGACCACAAAGGCUCAGAUCAGGUUCACACAUCAUCAAACCAAGCAGGCAAACCGCUUAAGAGAAGAGACUCAGACUCAGGGAGGAGGAGCCCACGCUGACCUGACCUGUGCUGUGUGCUGGGCGCGUCAGCAUGGCGGUGGGCCUGCAGCAUGUGGGGCUGAUCCUGGCUGUGGUGUCGUGGUGCCUGCAGUCCAGCUGCACGUCCUCCAAGGUGUGGAAGACGAGGAGCCAGGCGGAGUCAGUCACCACCAGUCAGUGGCAGUUUGAAGGCCUGUGGAUGAGCUGUGCCGCCACGUCGCUGGGCUCGGUCCAGUGCAGCAAGUUCAAGACAGUGCUGGGUCUGCCGGCUCACCUGCAGGCCUGCCGGGCCCUGAUGAUUCUGUCCCUGCUGCUCGGUCUGGCCUCCAUUAUCGUCUCAGUGCUAGGACUCAAGUGCACAAAGAUCGGCAGAACCUCGGAUCACGCCAAAGGCGCGAUCACCCUGAGUGGGGGAAUCAUGUUCAUUCUGUCUGGUGUCUUCACGCUGACUGCGGUGUCGUGGUACGCAGCCCGAGUCAUCAGCGAGUUCUACGAUCCGCUGCACGGGGGGGUCAGGUUUGAGCUGGGUACUGGUCUCUAUCUGGGCUGGGCUGCUUCCUGUCUGGCUGUAGUGGGAGGGUUGAUGCUCUGCUGCUCCUACAGAAAGCCUCCCCCCACGCCUGCUUCACGGCAUUUUUCAUACAACUACUCCAAAACGAGCCAAGGACAGAGCAUCUACAGAGCAGCUCCCGUCUCAGACAGCAGCAGUUCCAAGGCCUAUGUCUGACCCUGAACACACCUCAGAACCACAUGGAUGUAGAGGACGGUCUGAGGGUGUCUGUCUGCACCAGAACGCUUUUCUAAAUGCUAAAUAAAUGUGUGACAGUCUGGA